GUCACUCCCCGAGAACCCGUAUAUCAUGCGAGGGAGACUGCCUAAUGGACUUGAAUACACAGUACUGCCGAAUAGCAACCACGGCCAAAGAUUCGAGGCGUAUUUAGAGGUGCUCAGCGGCUCUGCCGAUGAACUUGACCACCAACGCGGUAUAGCACACUUUUGCGAACACGUGACUUACAUGGGCAGUAGAAAACGUGACUGCCUCUUAGGACGUGACGUGCGCACAAACGCGUUCACUGACUUUCACCAUACAGUGUUUUACACGUCGUGCCCAUCGGCCAUUGAAGGCUGCUACAGCAAGCAGGAUUCAUUGGAAAGGGCACUAGAUGCGCUAGCGGAUGUAGUUGAAGCACCAACACAAUUUAGUGUAUCCCGAGUGGAAAAGGAAAGACAGGCUAUCUUGUCAGAAGCACGUAUCAUAAACACCCUGGAAUAUCGCAAGAAUUGCGCCACAGUUGAAGCGCUGCACGCCGAAAACAGGCUAAGCCGCAGGUUUCCCAUUGGCGAUCUCGAGAAGUUACAGACCUACAGUGUACAGAACUUGGUUGACUACCAUAGUGUCCAUUACAGACCCUCUAACCUAAGGCUGUUCGUGGUGGGAGAUGUAGACCCAACGAAGACAGCAGAGGCCCUUACCAAGAUAUUCGCACGUUUAAAGGAUAAUCCCGACGUGGUGAAGCAAUAUCUACAGGCAAACGAGCACAUAUACAAAGGUACUGUAAAAGAAAGUCGUAGGGGGCUGCCUCCAGCAGUGCACGUAUGGGAUCAACCUAUCGCAAAAGCCCACGUCUGGCAAAAUAAACAAAUACGAAAUAUGAGCGUAGAAGUAGCCAAGAAAAUCCCAAUACCCGAAGUAAAGACAUGGGCUGAUAUGUGGACAAAUGUAGUCACGAAACUAACAUAUCGCAUACUGUCACUGCAUUUCGAUAUUUUACAGCGCGGUGUUGGUGCCAUACAGUCGGUUGAGACCAAUGAUUACGACUGCACCAACGAAGGAUGCAGGGUCAGGUCAUUUGAACUCCACUGCGUGCCAUAUCAAUGGCAAGAUGCGCUUAAAGCAGCAGUGGCACAGGUAAAGUGCCUUUCCACCCAAGGUACAACUCCCGAAAUGUUCAAAAUAGUCAAAGAGUCGUUACAGAGAGAUUGCGACAGAGUUGAUAAUGCGAGGACUGAGAACAGGGAUUUGAUUACCAGUUUAAUGGAGGCCACCACUUGUGGCCGGGUUAUAAUGCUACCAGAUACUGAGAAACAAAUUAUUACCGACAUUCUUUCCAAAGUGCAUAUAGAUGAUGUAAAUGAAAUGGCACAUACGCUAUUUCCAUGGUCCUCAGGCAAAAGUUUUGCAGGUAUAAAUCUUAUAUGUUCAACGCCACUGCCAGAUCCAUCCAUAGGGUAUGAUGGUAUUGGGGAAGAUAUACUCCUGGAUACAUUCCAAAAAGAAUGUCGAGAGCCGCUGUCAGCGGCGGCGCUCCACCCAGAGGUUAACACACCGACAACCCUCCUAACUGAAGAGGAACAAAAUGAAGUUAUUAAUCGCAGGCCGUAUGGCCAAAUCCCGGGCUUUGUAACACAACCCAUGCUACCGAAGGAGAGGUAUGCAUUGCUGAAUGAGCCCAAAGAUGAAAUAUUGCGCUCACUAGCUGUUACCGGCGAUUUGCGCAAGAUAUCCGAAGAAUACGUGGACUCGCUGCGUGAAUCAAUCGCUAUUAGGCCAGAAGUUGAACACAUUACUGAAAACAAGCCUAAUUCACCCGAAUUCGAUAGACUGAGAGAUCGAAUUAUCGAUCCUUCAGUUUAUACUACAGAUGAAUCCGAUGAAGGGAAGUAUACAAACGCACUUGCAGAGUUGAAGAAGCCGCUGGCAUCAACGCUACCGGGUGAUAGUCCACUCUAUCAAGAACCGAGUUCGCCGGCCAAUAUCCACUUGAUAACACUAAACAAUAGCAUCAGGGUAAACCUGCGUGUAAAUGAAGAAGAGCAAAUCGCAAUGAAAGCAAUAAUACCAAUAGAGUAUGAUUACAGUGACCUGGAUGCAUUGCAACGCAAGAAACGUGAGCUACUACUGGCGGCCACAGCUAUGAUGGAAGGUGGAGCCAUGGGUAGUCUCAGCAGGCUGCAAGUGGAGAUGUUUUGCACACAGCACCUGAUGGAUGUGCUAAUCAACGCUAACGAAGACUUCAUAUCAAUAGACAUAUCAUUCCCCUACGGACGUAAGGAAAAUAACCUUGAAUCCGCGCUACAAAUAUUGAAUUCACUUUUGCAAAACCAUGCUAUUGAGAAAGAUGCCUUUUUACGUGCAAAGGAGAAGCUGCGCCGUGAUCAUGUGGCAUAUUGCCAGGACCUGCAAGCAUUUGGCACCGGUGACCUGGUGUCAUCAAUGAGUGGCGGCAAGCUGGGAUACCAUGAUAUAGAUUACAAGAAAAUAGAGGCCACAACACUGGAAGAUGCACAGAAAACUUUGGAUAGCGUAUUUAAACGUGGAAUGGUGGAAUUAUCCAUUUCAGGGGGCUUCGACCUAAAAGACAUGAAGUCGCAGCUUGUGAAAUACAUUGGAACUGUAGAGCUGCCUGAGGCUAAAAUCGCACCUAAAGAUAAGUAUGUCCUUUGGGAAGAUGAAGGUGACCCAGGAAUAGAUGAGGUUGAUACACAAGCAACUACACUAGAUGAUGGUGCGUCUGAUACAGACCAAGAAGAGAUCCUAGAGGAGCAACACAAGCUAAUCUGGAUUAAUGACAAUCAGGAAAGGGCAAUGGUGCUUCUAGGAGGUUAUGCACCAAACGCUAGCGGAAUCAUGCCUGACGGAACACAUAUGGCAGAUAUACUGCACUCAGCCCUUGAAACGGCACUAGAAGAGGACAAGGACAAUGCAAAUAUCAAGAAGUUCCUUACCAACGUCAAAGAACUAUGGCUCCAUCCAGCAUUCCCACGUGCAGCAUGUACAAUUAUGCAAGAAAUACUCACCAAUCGCGCCUUUACAGUAUUGCGUGCUGAAAAACACUUGACAUACGAGUCUAACGUCGACUUUGUUUUGUAUGACGUCCAGUUUGCAGGAUACUUUGUUAUAUCGGUACACUCUUCCUACAGCAAGUCUGAUGCCAUUCUGGCAGAAACUAGGAAGAUUCUUGCAGACCUCAGAUCAGGAGACAGGCCGGUGUUUGAGCACCACCUGGAACGUGCCCGUGACCAAGUUAUGGCGCGCCAUCGCAAAGAUAGAAAUAACAAUCGCCACUGGGUAGGCGAACUAACGGGUAUGCAGAGUCGUCGCAUGCCCUUGAAGAAUUCGUUUUUCGCAACUGAGUUCGACAAGGUGCUCCAGCGCAUAACGCUGGACGAUAUAAGAUUGCUACUGGUAUCAGAUGUAUUCGGGUUUGAUGAACAAAACCUAUGGAGUCGCAUCGUCCACACGACCGCCAAUGACCAAGCAGUAUCAAUGAAGUGACGCUAAAGCUAAUGU